AUGGCCCGGGCCGCAGCCCUCCCGCCAUCGAGAUCGUGGCCGACGCUGCUGCUGCUGCUGCUGCUCCGGGAAGCCGGCAGCCACGCUCCCGGCUCCCGGUUCCGGACUCCCGGGUUUGGCCACCUUAUCUUCCCUCUGGCCGCGCCUUUGUCCUCGGAGCCGCCGCCCUGGUCCCCGCCCUUCCCGCUGCCGGGGCUCCUGACCACCCAGCUCCUGAGCCUCCCCACCCCCAAGAAGGGCGAGAGUCCCCCACCAGGAGCCCAGGAUGUCCGAGUUCAGAUGCUGUCCGAAGUGCGUGGCAACCUGGGAGGCAGCGUGCAGCUGCCAUGCCACCUGCUGUCCCUGGCCCCCGGCGUGCGAGUCUCCCAGGUGACCUGGAAGCACCAGGAUGUCACUGUGGCCGCCUUCCACCCCAAGUACGGCGUCCACUUCCCCAACCCACAGUUCAGCCAGGAGCGGCUGUCCUUUGUCAAUGCGGGACAAAGCACGGGAGCCGGGCAGGCCACAGAGACGGACCUGCGGGACGCCACGCUGGCUCUGCAGGGUUUGCGAGUGGAAGAUGAGGGCAACUACACCUGCGACUUCACCACUUUUCCCAAUGGCACCCGCCGGGAGGUGACCUGGCUCCGCGUCAUAGCCCAGCCCCAGAACCACGCCGAGGCCCAGGAGGUGACCCUCAGCCUGGAUCCCGUGCCUGUGGCCCGCUGCGUCUCCUCUGGUGGCCGCCCACCCGCCCGUGUCUCCUGGAUCUCGUCCCUGGAUGGGGAGGCCAAGGAGAUCCAGGUCCCAGGGACCCUGCCCGGUACUGUCACUGUGACCAGUCGUCUCACCUUGGUGCCCCUGGGCCGGACAGACGGGGUCAAGGUCAGCUGCAGAGUGGAGCAUGAGAGCUUCUCGGAGCCCGUCCUGCUGCCCGUGACACUCUCCGUGCGUUACCCCCCUGAGGUCUCCAUCUCUGGCUAUGAUGACAACUGGUACCUUGGCCGGAGUGAAGCCACCCUUAACUGUGACGUCCGCAGCAACCCUGCACCCACAGGCUAUGACUGGAGCACGGCCUCGGGCGUGUUCCCUGCCACCGCGGUGGCACAGGGCCCACAGCUGCUCAUCCACACGGUGGACAGCCUGGUCAACACCACUUUCAUCUGCACAGUCACCAAUGCCGUGGGCACGGGCCACGCUGAGCAGGUCAUCCUGGUGCGAGAGACACCCAACACGGCAGGUGCCGGGGCGACUGGGGGCAUCAUCGGGGGCAUCAUCGCAGCCAUCAUUGCCACCGCCGUGGCUGCCACUGGCAUUCUCAUCUGCCGGCAGCAGCAGAAGGAGCAGAGGCUGCAGGGGGCCGAGGAGGAAGAGGACCUGGAGGGGCCUCCUUCCUAUAAACCGCCAACCCCAAAGGCAAAGCUGGAAGAGCCAGAGAUGCCCUCCCAGCUGUUCACUCUGGGGGGCUCGGAGCACAGCCCACUGAAGACCCCCUACUUCGACGCUGGUGGGACCUGCACUGAGCAGGAACUACCUCGUUACCAUGAGCUGCCCACGCUGGAGGAGCGGUCGGGACCGCUGCUCCUGGGGGCUACAGGCCUGGGGCCGCCCAUCCUGGUGCCUCCAGGGCCACCUACCGUGGUGGAGGGAGUUGCCGUGGACCUGGAAGAUGAAGAGGAGGAGGAGGAAGAAGACUAUCUGGACAAGAUCAACCCCAUCUAUGACGCGCUGUCCUAUAGCAGCCCCCCAGAUUCCUACCAGGGCCAGGGCUUUGUCAUGUCCCGGGCCAUGUACGUGUAAGGUGCCCCAGCUCUUCCCCUGGGGCUCCCUGGGCCGCCCCCAGGUGGCCAGGCCACCGGACGUGAACACACAGGCACACACUCAUACUGGGUGGCUUCAUGCUGACCUCCAGCCCUCCAAGGCCCCAGGGACCUGGGGACCUUAUUAAUUCAGGAGGCCUAGGGGGUCAUCUGGGCAUGUUUCUGUUAUGACCUCUGACCUCCACGCCCCCGCCCCCCCAGUCCCCUACUUGAAGACUGUGACCUCCUGAUGGUACCUCUCUCUCACUCGGCCAGACAUCUCAACGCCCCCGAAACCCCACGAUCACUCCAGACACUGUACGGUGGCUGGGGUGGGAUUGGAGGGGUUCCUGCUGCUCAGACUUGAGCCCUCCAGGCAGCAGUGCCCCGCUCCACCCAACACCCCAAGGAUGGGAAGGAGGGAUGUGCCAUUCCUCUGCCCACCUCCUGCAGGCAGGAGUCUCGGGGUCCGGAUUUUUCCCGGUGUCCCUCUACACCCGGGCUCUGCAGCAGGGAGCCACGGCGCAGGGCUGCGUAGGGUGCACCUGCUGGGGAGAAUCUGCUGUUACUGCAUCCUCGAAGCCCCCACUUGAUUCCCUGGAUCAGGGUCAAGUCGGGUCGCCUGGGUUGGGGUGUAUCUGGAGGGUGUGACUCCG